UUGUGAAAUUUAUUUUAGCCGCACACGACGAUGUACAAAAAAAUUUGUUCGCCUCAAUGCUAUUUUUCCGCUGUUUCGCGAUAACGACUGACAGCUGACAGCCGCAGUUAUCGACAAGUCAUUACUGAUGUUCUCUACGAUAAAUCAUUACGGGAUGAUCAAUGAUAAAUAAUGUGACGUCACCAGCACAACAGCAACAACAACACUAACAGCCGAUAACACCAACGAUCGCCACCUCGUAUAUCGUUCCUAUUGAAUGUUGUUUGUGUGUAUGAAUGUUACGUGUGUUAGUUGUAAGCACUUGGUGGAAGGCUAAACAUAAAACAGUGAUGUCAUUCAUGUAGGUUUAGCCUAUUUUGUAUUAGCCCCAUUAAAGGUCAAUAGACUACGUGUAAUUCUUUAGAUAAUUGUAAUCAUGAACGGUCGAGCUUCUGUAAGGUAGUUAUAAGUAUAAGCUUUCAAAUGUAUUUUCUUCCCAGGGAAAAUUUCUAUUUUAUUUCUAUAUGUAUAAAAAAAUAGACGAACUUUAGGGUAACUUUAAUAACGAACUUUGCACUUCCUGAGGACAAUAACCGGCGUUUAGCCUGCAACUGAUGCUCUCUCACUUAUAACUUUAUCUUUAAAAGUUGUAAGUUAUUUAGUUUACCUAAUGAUGCAUAAUACGCGACGAUUUAUAACUAGUUAAUUAUCUGUCAAAAGUUAUUAAGAUUCAUGCCCCGCGCUAUAUUGCAUGAUACUCAAUAUUGAGUAUAAGUUUGGUAUAUAAAAAAACGUGAUGAGUUUGAAGUACAUUAUAACUUGACUGUAACUUGACCAUGAACAGUUGACUUGACGCAUGGACCCUAAGCUACACAUGGACCCUAAGCUACACAUGGACCCUAAGCUACACAUGGACCCUAAGCUACACAUGGACCCUGAGCUACACAUGGACCCGAAGCUACACAUGGACCCAGAGCUACACUUGGACCCUAAGCUACAUAAGGACCUUAAGCUACACAUGGAUCCUAAGCUACACAUGGACCCUAAGCUACACAAGGACCCUAAGCUACAUAUCGACCCUAAGCUACACAUGGACCCUAAGCUACAAAUGGACCCUAAGCUACACAUGGACCCUAAGCUACACAUGGACCCUAAGCUACACAUGGACCCUAAGCUACACAUGGACACUAAGCUACACAUUUCAUUUGGUUGAUAUAUGAAUAUUUUAAAUCUAUGUGUACUUUGCGAUGAGUUUUUGGUCAACGUGUGAACUUUAGGUUAUGUUGAAAAUAAUGACGAUUAUGAAGAAAUAAGGAUAAUAAAUAUGGGUCCAUUUACAUGAAUCUAUAAACAUUUUUUGUUAAUAUGUCAAACGUUCACUGUCAUUAGCCCUGUUUACGUAACACCAGUUCGUUGUUUGUGAAGGUAACGGAAAAAUAAAACGUUGCAACCCAACGUAUGCGCGGUUGUUAUACGCGAGCUAAUUCCAAAGUUAUGUAAUUUAAUUAUUUUUAUAUCAUAUUUUAAGUCAUUUCUGUAUUUUACCUUUCACUUUCUAAGUCCUAAGUCAGAAAUGCGAACAAAUGCUUUUUGCCCUCACUGUUGCCCUCACUCUUGCCCUCACUGUUGCCCUCACUCUUGCCC